AUGCCAGGGGGAUUGAACAUCUCUUCUGACAGCCCAGAGCUACGAGCAGCAGGGAUUAUCGUGCCCAUCAUCUUCUCCCUCAUCUUCCUUGUGGGUACUGUGGGAAAUGGGCUGGUGCUGGCUGUGCUGCUGUGGAAUGGCCAAGUCAAGUACUCCACCACCAACCUCUUCAUCCUCAACCUGGCUGUGGCUGACCUGUGCUUCAUCAUCUGCUGUGUCCCUUUCCAGGCCACCAUUUACACCCUGGAUGGGUGGCUCUUUGGGGCUUUUGCCUGCAAGGCUGUGCAUUUCCUGAUCUACCUCACCAUGUAUGCUAGCAGCUUUACCCUGGCUGCUGUCUCUGUUGACAGGUACUUGGCUAUUCGCUAUCCACUCAAGUCCCGGGAUCUCCGCACGUCCCGAAAUGCGGGAGUGGCCAUUGUGGUAAUCUGGUCACUGUCACUGCUCUUCGCAGGGCCUUACCUCAGUUACUACCAGAUAAUCCAUUACCAUGGUGUGCCCAUCUGUGUCCCUAUCUGGGAGGACCAGCGCAGAAAGGUUCUGGACAUCCUCACAUUUGUAUUUGGAUACCUGCUGCCUGUGACCGUGGUGAGCCUGGCAUACUCUAGGACCAUCAAGUUCUUGUGGACUUCUGUAGACCCCAUAGAAAGAAUCUCAGAGUCUCGGAAAGCCAAGCGUAAGGUCACCAAGAUGAUUGUCACAGUGGCCAUCCUGUUCUGCCUCUGCUGGCUGCCCCACCACCUGGUCAUCCUCUGCUUCUGGUUUGGCCACUUUCCCUUCAACCGGGCCACUUACGCUUUCCGCCUGGCUUCCCACUGCCUUUCCUACACCAACUCCUGCCUCAACCCCAUUGUCUACGCCCUCAUCUCCAAGCAUUUCCGCAAGCGCUUCAAGCAGGCCUUCACCUGCUUUUUCUUCCAGAACAAGAUCAGGAAAAAGAAGAAGAAGAGGGUUGGAAGGAAAAUCCAUAUGGUCAAUGUGGAAAGAGGUUUUCCCAACAGGACAGGAGAUUUCUAUGGAGGCAACAGUGAGGUGACCCAAGCCCCAGGAGAGAACACCAGGAAGAGGGACCAUGAAGGUGCCAAUCGUGCCAGAGCAUGGACUCAGCAGGUACAAGGUGCCAUGGUCUCUGUUCAGAAGGAGCUAAUGGAGGAGGAAAUUUUGGCAACAGCUGGCCAUUCCCUAGAUGUGACCCCUCUAAGAGGAACUGUUGCACAAGACCAAGAAGAAGUCUUAGAAAAGGGCUAGAGAGGCAAGAAAAAAAGUCUAUAUUUGCAUCACAUUUUCUAAUCACAUUACAGUGGUUUUGCUUUCCUCCAGGAUCAUCAUGCCCAUGCCUUAUCCCCACUAAGAUGGUUUCAUGUUGGCAGAGAGAGCUCGCUCAUUCAGAUCCAUUAAACUGAGUUCAAGUCCCCCAGAACUCCUCAAACACCUCCUCCAUGAUCCUGUAGUCAUAUCUGAGACCUGCCAUCAUCCCAGCUCAAUAUUCACAGUAAACUUUAAGCAAUUGCAACAGCCAUCCUUUUCUUUAAUUACAUAUGGUGUUUUAUUAGUGCUGUGUGGGUCCUGAAUAUGUAACCCUUAAUGUGAGGCAGAUCUGCACCUGCAAUUUCUUAAAAGAAGGUGAAAAUUGGGAAGCUUAGAAAAAAGUGUUUAGGGAAAGCUGUGACAUUGUGGGACACCCAGACUUCCACACUGAAGCUGGGAAACAAUUACAGGUUGUUAUGGCACUUGUAGGUGUCCUUAGCCCUGCAUGGGCUACAAAAUCCUCUGGUAUUCUCACUUGUCCCCAUGCAUGGUGCUGGAAGUUGUGUUUUGGACUUUUGGCCCCAGCCAGUGCUUGUAGGCAUUGUAGAGUGAGGCUGGGUGACAUCAGGCAGCUUGCAGAGCUGUGAUAUGCAUGAGCAGAACCACGAUCUCUCCUUUAUUUUUCUUCUUUUUCUGUUCCCUACGUCUGUUUGCGUAAAUCUUUCCUUUUUGCUUUGUCCAGCCCACUCUUAAUUCCCAGGUGACAUGGUAUUUCUAACGCUCACUGAAGCUGUUUUUCAGCUUGCCAGAGCUCAGCUCCAAGGCCAUCCCUUUUUCUGUGCUGAGGGUAACUGAAGAGGAAGGCCAACACUGCUGGGAAUCAGUUUUCUUUUUCCAUUCAAGUGCUUGAUGUUGCUUUCUGCACUUUGAGCCUCCCUUGCCUCUCUCCCUGUUUUUGAUUUCUCCACCUCUCUCCUUUUGUGGUGGCUGCCACUCCUCUACAGCAGAUCUCUUUCAGAAAUGUGUCCAGUGUGCUUUCCUGGGAACAGUGAGUUCUGCAGCCACCCUCUGCACAUGAUGCCAUGGCCGAUGGCCAGCUCACAUGGUCUCAUCAUUUCUUCAGGUGAAGACUCACUCCACAGCCCAAAGGGUGGGAGGGAGAAGGGAACAGCAGUCAGGAACAAUGAUGUGGUAUGGCUGGACACUGCCUGUUCUUGCCUAGAAGCAGCUGAGCUGUUGCUCACCCCUGAUCCUGUUCCUCCUGGUCCCAGAUUGCAAAUGGAACAGAUCAGGUCAGGGUUGACUGCUGCACACUGGUGUGAAGCCUAAAUGAAACAGGACAGAGAGGACAGGGAAGAUCUUCGGGAGAAGGUGCAUUUAGCGUGACAAGUGGCUGCAAGCCCUGGACCCCUUCACUACAUUCUGCCUGGUGCUAAGCCCCAAUUUUGGGGAGCACAUGGGAAGGAAAUGCAGGUGCUCAGCCUGGGUUGGGAAGGCUCUGGAGCCAGAAGGGAAUUCCUGUCUAUCCGGUACCAGUUUACAUGCUCCAACUGGUUUCUCAGCUCAAAAGCAGAGGUGAAGCAAAGAUGUUCCAUCCUUGAUAGAGAGACAGAUUUAAUUAAAACUGAAGGAGUUUGAUUGCUGCUUUCCACUGAGCCUUCUCUCCAGACUGAUUGGCAUUCUGCAGUCUCUGCUCCCAGCUUCUUACCUUAAUUAAUGACUCUUUUCUCUUAUUUUCUAUCCUACUUUUUAUCGCUCAGGCUGACAAGCACAUCUUUAACCCUGCAGGGGCUGGUUUGCCACAUCAGUAGAGUGCAGCUGUUCCAAGAUCUGGAACAGGGUAGAUGAAAUGGGAGAGGUGUGAGUAGGUCAGAGCUUUGCGUCUGGGGGUAAGCAUCAGCUCUUCUCUGUGGAGUAACUUAGUCCUGCCAACUGUGUGCUGAUUCUGGUGUCUGGCAUCCCCUGGCAUGUGUGACAUGAGCCUGACAUACUGGGAGGUGCCAGGCCCAGGUGUCAAGAAGCUCAUCCUGCUUAUGACCCUGUGCAUAAAUCUGGCAGCUCUGGGAAGGGAAUUCUGCUUAUUUGCUUUUGGGUUUAGCUGCUCAUCAGCCUUAGCAGGUUGCCAGCUGAUUAUUUUAAUUCUUCCAUGUGCUCUCAUCCCCUCUCAGAGAUUUCAUUUAAAAACUCCAGAGUAAUGCUGUUUUCCAUAUCUCCUUUAUUAUCUUCCUCAUCCAAACUUGUUGAUUCCUCCAUGUAGUCACCCCAUGGGUCCUGGCUUGCCCAGAGCUGCUCCCCCAGGAUGGCCAGGCACGAUGCAUGAAGAAGGCAUCUUUUUUUAAGUAUCUUUCUGUGAUGGAAGAGACCUUUGCUCACAGAGUGAGCAAAGGAAGUGGAUGAAAGGGUGAGAAAUUUGUCAAAGAUGCUUCAUGUGGCUUCCUUAGCAGCACAGAUAAUUGCUGUGCUGGAUUUGAAGUCUGAUGGAAAGGCAAAGGUGGAGGAAGCAAAUGAGUUUAGCUGUUGGAGAUUAAUUAUUUUGGCUGCCGAAGAGCUGAACAAAUUCAUGAUUUUCACACACAUUGCAGUGUGUGCUUUACACUCAAUUGUGUGGGUGAAGUAGCUGCUCCAGAGAAAGGUCAUUUGCUUAGUAACAUCCAUGCAGCUUUGCUUGGGAGGCCUUGUCAGAGCUGUUGCUUCUGCUAUGGCUCCUUUGUGAGACACAAGCAGGCUCUCAGGGCAGAUCCUCAGUCUGGCUGGUUUUGGUUGUAUCUCACAGUACAGCAGCAGCCUCAGAGCCAGGGAGGUUGCUGCUGGGUUCAAUAGCUGGGAAUUCUGCAGAUCACAUGCUCUGAAUUAGGUGGGCAAAUAAAUAGAGUGUAUUUGGAGGUCAGAUAGUAGUGAGAGGGAACCAAAGCCUGAAGUCCCAGUUGAUACCAUGGCCCUGAGAACAAGGACUAAUCAUUGCCCAGGAAGGGAUCUGGGGAGUGCAUUUGAUAGUGUAGCACAAAGAAAAUGAGGAGUUUGGACUGAUUCUAAUGGCAAAAUAAAUAGCAGAGGGAAACCUGUGCUGUUGUUUCCAUUCUCAAUUACUGCAGCAGACACCUCUGGGAGAUGCAGAAAACUGCUACCAGCCUCACGGGUUGUACAGGGAAAUCUGUGGCACAGGGUGCAAGGACAGAGAAAAGCUGCUGGGAGAAGCUGAAGCCUCUAUGCCAGAAGAAAGAAAACCAGGCAGUGCCAGUCUACAGCUCUCAGCACAGGGGGAAGCCAUGUUUUCUCUUUCUCUGGAACAGCUUCUUCCCUGCCCAGCACCUAAUUCUCAUUCUGGAUACAGCUGCUGAGCAUGACAGGGUAGUUAAGGCUCUGGGUAUGACUGGCUGAUGCAAAGAAACCUAAAACUUUUCUCCAUACAGUGCCAAACACAUGGUAUGGCUCAGGGCAGCCCACAGCGUCAAGCCCUGAGGCAGGAAAGCAGAAUUGACUGUGGUGAUUCAUAGAAUACAAUUCCUACAUGAUACAUUUUUUUUCUCCAUUGAAAACCAGAUGUGUUUUUCUCUUUCUUACCUGGUAUUACAGCUAAAGCAGUGGCAAGACUUCCUAUAACCAUUUGUUUUUUUAUUACCUCUCCUGCCAUGGUGAGAGCAGGGUGGGAAAAGAAGCAAGACAAUCGCUCCUGGCAGGCUGCAGCACCCCCACCUUUUCCCUCUGUCAGGAGCUGUUAAGAAAAAACCCAGCACCAGGCAAGAAAAGAGCCUGAAGAGCUGUGGACAACAUCACGUGUGCCGAGACUAAAAGCUUCAUUCUCAGUCUCAGCUAGAUGUGUUCCUGGGCUUGAGGCAAGCUUGUAAGAGGUGUCUACUUAGAGAUAACAUCAGCAACUAAAGUAACUGCAGGGAUAAAGAGCGUUUUAGCCACGUGCUCUUCAGGCACCUUAAUGGUCUCCUCAGCAACAAGGCUGCUGAGGGCAGAAGCGCUGGCAGCUGAUUGUAUGUGGACAUCAAGACUGGGCUGUAAAGACGGGAAGAAACAAGUUCAGUAAAGACCGGGCAUGAAGGUCACUUGCUCCUCACAUAGGGGCCACGCUGGAAGUUCUCUGCUCUGCCCAGAUGUCCCUCCCCAGCCCCUUAUCCUCUUGCUGUCUCUUCACAGCACAGCCAUUUUAUUCGGCAUGGGGCAAGGCACAACUUCUGCCACUGGGCAAGGCUGCUUUUCCUCUCUGAAAAAUAUCUCAUCUUCUAGCUUGAAGCACUCCUGCUGGGAAUCUCUUUCCUCUGUUUGUACAGUUUCACAGCAACUACCUAGAUUUUAAAUUUGGAUUUCUUGGCUGUGGAUGUCAGGAUCAGAAAAGGUCAGCCAGCAACCCUGUACUUCGAUCUGCAAACAGAGUGGUGCAGCAGCCAGAGGCCCUGCAAGGCCUCCCUGGCGGUCACUUGCCUAAGACAAGAAAUGCCUAGUCAUGAUGACUGCACCAAAGAAGCCCCUCUUUUGCCUUCAGACCCUCGUUAUCUCUCUGUAAGACUAUAGGUCAUAUUCGCCUCGACCCUUACUAUUGGACCAAUUUCUAACACCGCUGUACCCUAUAUAAAACCCCAUUUCUGCCCAGUUCAGCAGAAGAGCUGCCACUGAAACCCUUUGCAGGAGCUGCCAAUAAAGGCACCGCUGUGGAACUGCAUACAGCCUUCUCCUCUCUCUCCCCACGAGUCUGCCUGGGGCACUUAAAUCACUGAAGAGCUGAAUCACCAAAGAGCUGAUUUCACUUAAGAGAUGAGCUGCUUGCUAAGAUUGCCUUCGGCUGGGAGCUUGCCUGAGGGACCUGGACAGGUUGUGUUUAUCAGCCCAGGGAAACCUACGGCAGCUGGGGUCUGAUACUGGGAACCCCAGGCCGUAAUAAAGUGAUGAUUGCACUCAAACAACUUUGUGUUGUCACUUCUGAUUUGAGGACCAGGUAUGAGAGUAGCAGUUACCAAGUCCAGUGCUGUGCAUGGGGCCUGGAACAGACAUAAAAAAGAGGAAUGGGCCGCUCUAAACUUGGCUGAGGAGUCAUAAAAGGUUGACAGGAUUUUAUUGAAAUUGAAAAUACAAAAAGGUCAGAUUGUCUCCCACCCUCUCGGCAUCCUUCCCAUCCAGCACAUCACAAUGAAGUAUCAGUAUGCACAGUGACAGCUCUAGCCCAGCCAUGAGACUGCUGCUCCCAGAUGCGUCCUCCAGCAGCCCACAGACGAACCCAUCUAAAAGCCAUGCCUAUUUCUGGUACCUCAGCUUUGAACAGAGGUCCACUUAGCCUCUUUCUGAACAAGAGGCAGAUAUCAGACAGUAUGCUGACCUAAGUAUCUCUGAAAAAUGCUCCAAACUGUGGCUGCUGCAUAUUUAAGAUGAAUCUUUAUAAUAAACUCUUUCAAACCAGUGACUCCCAUGCUGUAGGAUAGGUGUGGUAUCAGCACAUCAUGGUGUGGAACACAGGUGGGAACUCAGAUCACUACUGACAUGUUCCUGUCACCCUGUUGCUGUUGGUGCCCUAUCAACAAGACUUCCUGGAUCCCUGCUCCACAACAACUCUUCAUUGCUAACCACAGUGGGCAGAAGUGAGAGAGCAGCAAGAGCAUUUCCCUGCAUCCUUCAUAGCUGCAUCACUUCAGGCUCCCAGCAUAAGCCAUAAUUCAUUUCUCACACUCCACUUGAGGUUCUCCAUGACAAGCAAGAGAUAUAGAUUGGCUGAGCAAUGGGUUUGGUGCUGCUGAGGCAGAGGUAAAUCCAUCUCCAUCCUAGCCCAAUAAUACAGCUGAGUCCACAAUACCUCCUGUGACAACUGGACCUCUUGCCUGAGACUGCCAGUAACAGGAAACACAAAUGUUAGUUAAGGUGGGGCUUUUUUGCAAGAUGUAGAUGUCUGACUAGAACUGCAUUAAGACUGUCACACUCCAAUCCUUAUGCUCGCAACAGGACAGAUUUAACCUGCUAGCUGUGUACUUGGGUAUUUUUGGAAGUGUUACACUGUAAUAUUUAAGCACUAACUUGCAGCAGACUUAAAAAAUGGGUCCAGUGAAAGGUGUUAGUCUAGCCAUGAAAAACUUUGUAUCCCAUUUGUAACCAGACACAUUCUCUGCCAUCUGACAGCAGGCUCUGCAGACAGUGAGGAUUAAGCCUCAGUGCAUAUUUCCUAAGGCAGAAUGUUUGCUCAGCUUCUAGCAUGCAGAAUUAAAUGUGUGUUCUUCGCAUAGCACAAAGCCUUCUGCUGUUCAAGGCAUUCACUUUCUCCCUCAUGCAACUGAGCAGCAUGGA